GAGCGGGAGGCUGUGACAGCAAGCGUGCUUAGUGUAGGUGGAUGGGAAUCGCGGCGCCACGUGCCGUUGAGAUGCGAGAGGCGCGGGUGCGCGCGAAAGCGCGUGUGGUAUAAUUACAUUUCAGAGUCUACGAACAACCAUGCGUGGCAUUGGAGUGGACACGAUCGGCUGGAAUAUUUUUUCCUUGCCAACACCUGGGGCGUGUCUGCCCGGUGGCUGCGGCAAUUCACGCAACGCUUAGCCUUCCAGCGCGCGUCUUUUGACAGCGAGGCCAAGGUUUACGGGGAGGCAGCUCGUCGAGCAGGGCUCGCAGAGGUGGUCCCGUUCAGAGCAGAUUUGAAGUUGCAGAGGGCCUGGAUCGCGCGGCGCGUUAUGGCCCGUAUGUUCGAGCACGGGAACGGCCCGGGGGAGCUGAAUUUGUUGAAGACGUCGCCGGACUUGAUAAAAACCAUUUGGUCAUGGUACCCAGAGCACAUGUUCAGCCGACGAGUGCAGGGGCUCACGGACAGCGGGCGCUCCAUCAACACGAUCGUCAUAGAUGGGAAUGCGAAACUGGCCCGCCGGAUCUGCGGGCGAGCUGUUGCCGAACUGAUGUACUCCCCCUCCUUGGAGAGGUACACUGCCACGCAGUGCUCUUGCAAACCGGGAUUCAAGCUGAAGCGUUGCAGCAAGCACUUGGCUCGCGCCCUGACUGAGGAUGACGGCCCGCCGCAAAGUGAAAUCUUUGUUUCGCACAAGCGCCGGCGCGUGCUGGAAACGGCCCCCAGGGCUGAACCGUGCGACGUGUGCCUCGUGGCGCGGGACCAGAAAGAUAUCCCAGGAGCGCCGAGGCGCUGGGCCGCCGCGCGCCAGGUCACCCAGGGCCAACUGCAAGAGUACUGGGGCAAUGCUGGACACCAGGCGUACAUCCCGGCGAUAUCACCCGACGCGGAUUUGCAGUCCGUGUCGUGCAGGACCCACAAUGAGGCGCAACUGGGCAGGGCCAGCCGCGGUUCGACCCCGAGCCAGUUCAGCAGAAAAUGCGGCUGGCUUUACGCCUGCACUCCAGAAGGCUACAUCGUGCAUCUGAAGGAGUACGUGGGCGCAGAGAGUCUGCCGCAGCGCUACUUCUUCUUGGCGGAGGUCGUGGAGAAGGCCCCAGCAGUCGACGUUGUCCGCCACGACGAUGCUUGCCAUUUGCGGCGGUACGCUUCGAAGCGCGAGGGCGACGGCGCCUUCGCGCGCAGGCUCGCGCACCCCAACAUCAAGUACAUCACCGACGGACUGCGCGACAGAAACCACGCGGACCCCUGGUGCCUAGCAAAUUGUUCACCUAAGGCAGACUGCAACAAGGAGCUCGUGAAGAACAUCAAUAGCCAGAUCUGCGAGCAGCUGUUCUCGUCUCUGGGGCGCCACAAAUAUUCUGUGCGCCGCAUGGGGCAGUUUACCCCGGCCUUCUUGCUAACGGAACUGGCCGAAGUGAAAAAUGAGGCCUGGCUGGCCGAGCAGGCGCGCGCGGCCCGCGCGGCCGCGAGUGCGGGGCAGCCGCGGAGCGAGUGCGCGGUCGGGGCAGCCGAGGGGAAUGACAAUUGCCCGAGCAGAACCCGCGCGAGCGCACUCCUAGGGGCCCACCACCUGGUCCUCGCAGACAGUUGGCUCGAGUGGGAACCCGACUUGGCCCCGACGCGCGGCGGGGGGGCGAUGCAGCAGUUCCGAGAUGAGACGCGCGCCGUGUGGGACAUCGUCGACAAGGAGUACGACCCCAGGGUCGCCUUGGGCCACAAGGCAUCGCAAGCGAUUCUCACUCUAGCCACCCGGGCGUCACAUCACGAGUUCCCGUUCGGAAUGGGAAUCCUCGCCCACCUGUGUGCUUGCACCAACGGCGACAACGUCGGGGCGUACGGGAGGGCGGGGUUUGCCCCUUCGGUGAAAGUGGAAUCGUCCAUGCUCACGAGUUUCACGGAGGCGGCGUUCUUCUUGCGAUGCGCCGGGGACUGGGACCAAGUGGCCCCGAGCGAGUCGCACGACUUGUCGGGGCGCGUGUACUACGGGACAUUGAUCAACCUAGACGAGGCGUACCGCUUCCUCAAGAUGGUCGGCCUCAUCCCCGCGCAGAACACAAAGGGCGGGCAGCGUGCGAAUGAUGGGCCCACCAGACUGACCUGGCAGGGCGAGGCCGGCCCCCUGCGCAUUCGCGUGCGCCGGAGCAGGCGGCGACGCCGGGGCAUGCCGGCCGACGCGGCAUCGGAGUUCAAUAAGUUGAUGCAAACAGGCCACACGGCAAUGACUACAAAGACAGCGGGUGCGUUCGGUCAAGGAAGCGCCCCAACGGUCUCGAUUGGCAUCAGUGGCAAUGGGCGCCCUUCCGUCGUUGUGCCGAUGCUGCGAGGCUCCCUCGGCGCUGACGCAGUGGCCACGUCGUGCCGCUUGCUGUUCGCGUCGGGUCGCCCUGUGGAGCCUCACUCGCCGCCCCCCGUGCAGCUCGAGGUCCCGCAGGGGUUCAAACGUUGGCAGUGGCCGAAGCUAUUGGAAUGCAUGGUAUCUCCGCUGGGCCUGCCGAGCGAGGCGACCAACCACGUGCUUGCUCGGGGCGCGUUCCGCCCGGCCCCCGCGCGCGAGACCCAGGCGACCCAGGAGGAGUCUGACGCAGAG